CGAAAAACAAAGAUGACAGCCAAGACGGAAGCACAAAUUCGGAAGAUACAAUUGAGGUGGCAACUGGAAGUGCAGAGAGAAUGGACUUGAGAUGCAUAAAGAUGAUUAAUCAACAUUUUGCGCAGUUAGAACAGACCAAUUUGAUAGAUAAUGGAAGUAACUUCAAUCGACCCAGUGAUAAUGAACCACCAACAAGACAAAAUCCUGAGAUCAGCAGAAUGCACAAAGCAAACAACUGGCACAGAUUACAAUACAGAACAAGGAGAAA